AUGAGCGGCGAGCCUUCUCGUCCGGGGCUCCAUCCGCUUUCACAUCUCAAAGCUGGGCCGACAACAUCCAGCUCCAAGUCAACAGCUUCGGCAAAUGUGCGACCAUCCUCGCGAGCUUCACAUCGACCCCGGUUACAUAAGGCCUCGAGCCGGGAUACUCAGACUGACGCGACGGGCGACAAGGCAACUGCCGCUUUAAUCCGUCGCGUCCUAUGUUCGCAGGCGGGUAACUUUGGAGGCGCAUCAACAUUACAGUCCCCGGAAGAACUGCUACCUCCACUUACAAGCUCGAAUGAAGUGGAUUGUCAGCUGUAUGCCUUGAUCGCGGUUAUCAUUAAAGAAUUUGUCUUCUCCUGGUAUUCAAAAAUUACAUCAGAUCAGGUUCUCGUCAACGAAGUUAUCCAGGUGAUUGCGCAUUGUACGCGGGCAGUGGAACAGAGACUGCGCGACACUGAUGUUUCACAGCUCGUUCUGGACGAGAUACCCGCUUUGGUUGAAGCGCAUAUUAUCUCGUACAGACUAGCCAGAGGACAGUCUCAACUAUCAGGUCUUACUCCCUCUGCUCGCGAGAUUUAUCAUAGUCUCAACCCUCACCCGGGCCUUUCUCCAAUCCCAGACCCGACGGAUACCCACACCAUCGCCCAGCAAGUCGAUAAUGAAGCCAGAUAUAGACAGCUAUUGGUGAGUGGGGUGUUGGCUGUGCUUCUGCCAACAGAGGAUCUAAAGAAUGCCUGCUUGCGGACGCUAGUUUGUGAUAUCUUGGCAGAUCUAAUAAUUGGAAAUCAAGUUAGUGGGAAGAUGUGUGAGGGGUGGUUCUUGUGGGAGAGUGUCACAAAACUGAUUGACAUGGUGGGAAGUCGCCAGAGUCAUGAGAUUGAUGCAACAACUGCAGUACCACAUAGAAAGAAUCAGUUACAAAAGUUCGACCUGCUAUCUCCCCAGGAAGACGUCCAGAGACAUCAUUCGUCGUCAAGUGUCCAAUUACGGGUCCCUGACUGGGUGUGGAAGAUACUUCAGUUCGUCUUCCUAGCCUACGUGACCUUACGUUUCAUUGUGACGGGCAUUUUUCGCGUUGCAUCCACUCAAGGGGCCUCGUCCUCGUCCUUUACCGGCCACGCAAACGAGGCGCCCGCUCCAUGCAACCCUCCCCUGAAGCGUCCCGUUCUCAAUUAUGGACUGUACGGCAUGCUUUCGCAACUACUAGAUAUUCCCCGGCGGAUGCAUGGUGACACUGAUAGUGUUCUUGACAGUACCCUUUCUGUCAGGGCAUCUAAGACGAGUCAUUGGAAGAUGGUCAAGAAGCCCAGCGGGACGACGAUGCAACUGAUGCGCAUUGCUCGCAUGCUGCAACGAUCACUUGAUCUGGGUGUGGAUGCACAGGCCAUCUUUCGUUUUCCCAGUUUCUGGUCCUGA